AUUACGAAACGGAUUAAUGUUUUAUCUACGAAAUAAUUCAUCGACAGUAGUGGAGUGACAGUUGUGAACCGCGCACGCGCAGAAAAUGGCUCAGGAUAACCUAACCGCAGUUCUGUACAAGCCCAAAGAUUUGCGUCUCGAACAAACGCAAAUACCAGAAAUUAAUGACGAUGAGGUCCUCCUGCGCAUGGAUUGUGUGGGUAUUUGCGGAUCAGACGUGCACUACUGGCAACACGGCUCCUGCGGCCACUUCGUCCUCAAGAGACCCAUGAUUAUGGGUCAUGAGGCUUCAGGUGUUGUCGCUAAGAUCGGCAACAAAGUGAAGAACCUGCAAGUUGGUGACCGCGUGGCAAUAGAGCCAGGAGUUCCGUGUCGCUAUUGCGAGUUCUGCAAAACUGGCCGAUACCACCUGUGCCCGGACAUUCAGUUCUGCGCCACCCCACCAGUUCACGGAAACCUGACCAGAUAUUACAAGCAUGCUGCUGAUUUUUGUUAUAAACUCCCAGACCACGUGACAAUGGAAGAAGGUGCACUAUUAGAGCCCUUAUCGGUGGGAAUCCACGCGUGUCGCAGAGGCGGAGUCACCGCUGGCGAUGUGGUUUUAGUUCUGGGAGCUGGCCCGAUUGGUCUCGUCACCAUGUUGGCGGCUAAAGCUAUGGGGGCAAGCAAGAUUCUUAUCACAGAUAUCCUUGAGUCCCGUUUACAAAUAGCAAAGAAGUUGGGUGCUGACUUCACCCUUUUAGUAUCGAAGGAUUCCAACGAAGCUGACCUCGUGAAGAGCGUCCACGAGUUGCUAGAAGGACAUCCUGAUAUCUCCAUCGAUGCUAGUGGAGUUCAGAGUACAGUCCGACUUGCAUUAUUGUCAACGAAGUCAGGCGGUGCUGUGGUGUUAGUGGGUAUGGGCAACCCGGAGCUUACUUUGCCCUUGGCUGGAGCUAUGGCGCGAGAGGUCGACAUACGUGGGAUCUUCAGAUAUGUCAAUGAAUACCCAAUAGCACUUGCCAUGGUGUCCAGCGGACAAGUUAACGUCAAGCCAUUGGUGACUCACCAUUUCCCACUCGAGCAAACCCUGGAGGCAUACGAAGUUGCUCGUUUAGGGACCGGUAUCAAAGUCAUGAUUCACGUAGAGCCCAAAGAUAAGAAUAAUCCUAUAAAAUUCUGAAAAUGUAAAUUGCUUUAACUAUUAAAUAAUGUUUGUCUCUCAUAGUUCAACUACCACUGUCAUUGUUUAAUCAGGCCCUUUAAACCUUAUUUAUUUAUCCCCUGAAUGUUAUUGUAAAAAGUUGAAGUUUAUUUCAAUGUAAAUAGAUAGAAUUGUCUUUAUUUUGUGAAAAACUGCGAAUCGUAACCGAAUUGAUUCAUCUCUAGUCAAAAUGAAUUGUAAAAAAGGCUAUUUUUAUUCGAUUCGUAUAAUGCUGUUAAUAAAUAUUUACCAAACAA